AUGCGAUACGCGGUCCUCAUCACCGGACCCGCCGGUGCAGGCAAAUCGACUUUCUGCACCUCUCUCAUCACCCAUGCUCAAACCCUUGGUCGAACUGUUCAUCUGGUCAAUUUGGAUCCCGCGGCAGAAAGAUUCGAUUACGAUCCCGCUGUCGAUAUCCGUGAUUUGAUUUCUUUAGAAGAUGUGAUGGACGAAUUGGAAUUUGGACCUAAUGGGGGACUUGUGUAUUGUUUCGAAUACCUACUCAAUAACUUAGAUUGGUUAGACGACGAAUUAGGUCCAUACGAAGAUGAUUAUCUCAUUAUAGAUUGUCCAGGUCAAAUAGAACUUUACACUCAUAUACCACUUUUACCAAGAUUAGCCAAUCAUCUUUCCGUUCAAUUAAAUUUCAGAGUUUCAGCUUGUUAUUUACUAGAUUCACAAUUCAUGCAAGAUAAAUCGAAAUUCUUCGCAGGUGUAAUGUCAGCUAUGAGUUGUAUGUUGGCAUUAGGAGUUAGUAUGUUAUGUGUCAUGAGUAAGAUGGAUUUGGUAAAAGAUAAAAAAGGCAGGUUUGGAGGACAAGUUGGAAGGUUUUUAGAAAAUGAUGUUAGUUUAAUGGAUGAGAAUAAAGGGGUUCAUGAGAGGUAUCAAAGGUUGAAUAAAGCUGUCGUUUCGUUGAUUGAAGACCAAAACAUCGUCUCAUUCCUCCCCUUAGACGUCUCCGAUGAAGACUCGGUCAACACUAUCAUGAGUCAUAUAGACAAUAUGAUGCAAUAUGGGGAAGAUGAAGAACCUCGAAUGCCAAAAGACAUGGACGAGGGCGAUUUCGCAGAUGAAUGA